ACCUCAACAUGGUACGGUAUAGUGAAAGGUAGGUUUCCCUACUGGCUGUCUUACCCUAGGUAGGCAUAGUCGACGCCUUUUGCGAUAAAUGGCCGGGCUCCCAUGUCCGACGGACCACCAUCAUGCAUCCCAUCUGCACCCAAGCCCUGUGGCUGCCCGCUAAGAGUACCAAGCAGGAGGACUCCUUGCAAGGACUCAUGUCACUCAUUGAGGCGCAGCCUUGUGCAACAGAAUGCCUUCGUUCGCUCUCCUUCUUUCUUGCUCCUUGCAGCUUUCCAUCUCCAUUCCUCCUUUCGACUGAUUCCAGUACAGCCAAGAUCGACGUCCUCGCCUCGCCAUGUCCGGAAUCGGCGAGGCUCUCGCCAUUGUGAGCUGCGUUGCGGGGUUGAUUCAAGCAUACGAUGCCGGUUGCCGCAUCUUCAAGCAGAUCAAGGCUCGUCGACAGAACCACGAUGCCCUACCUCCCUCAGACCUCCUCGAAGAAUCUUUUGAGAAAGGCAAGAGACAAGUAGAAGAAGUGGUCGCGGACGGCAACAAGCGAUUCGGGCCUAGCUUUGAGGAGGGUGACACGACUGCGCAGUUGGCGAUCAUGAGAAUCACAAUAGCAACACAGAAUGCCCUCUUAGCCGGCUUGACGCAAGCUAGAGACGAUGACGGUGUUAUUGAUUUCGAGACCUGCAUUGACAUCUCCGACAAGGGACGUUCGGAGGCCCUCAUCGCCCUGCAUGCGCUAUUUCAACGGAAAUUGGAGGAGGAGAUGGAUAAGAAGAAGAAUGUACAAGUGGCCCAGAGUGUGGCCUCGCCACAAUCACCACCCGUCACGCCUCCUGCCGCUGUGCACAGUCGACCUAUGCCAGCGCAGCCAAUGUUGACAGCAUCUAGGGAGCAAUCGAUCGCUUCCCCUUCAUCUCCGGACAAGAUCAAGAAGCCCCGCUUCUCUAGGCCGGUGUUUCGACCGAAAGACAGUAACAAAACAAUACAGAUGGCUGACACUCCUCCGGUCGGGCGACGUGAUACUGCGUCGCAGCCACUGGAAGAGGACGUCCUCUCACGCCCUCCUCGCCGAGAUACUAAUGCCUCGACUGAUUCAUCUGCUACCUGGUCGAGUGCGGGGAGUCGAGGUUCUAAUGGUGCCUAUGACCACGGUACCAUGCAAUCUGUAGAUGCCAGUCGUCGAUCCUACACAGAUUCGGCGUCGUUCGCAGUGCCUCCAAGACAGGGAACGUCUUUCUCUACUGCAUCCACCCUGGCACCUAUCUCCAACUAUGGUGGAUGUUGCAAGAACGCACACGAGCUUCGGGGCAAUCCUAAGAAGGGCCUCUCGCGGGCAUUCUCUGAAGGCGCACGUGGCAGAGACGUGGUCUAUAAGUGCGCCAGUACUAAAUGCCAUUUCAAGGAUAACGCCAUCUGGAAGAAUAAGGGGUGGGAAAUGGAUGACCGAUUACGCAUGCACACAGCCGGGCUCCGCUAUCGAUGGUUGUUUUUAGCCAAGUCGCAUAUGCAGCAGCAAAACCCUAGUGAGCGGCAUCCGUCCUACCGCUGUCUGAUUUGCACUAUGCUUGGAGACGAGCCAGCAACAUUCCAGGGUAGUGAGGCCCUGCUUGACCAUGUCGCUGGGCAUCAAGGUGCCGUCCUUGGCGAGACACAGCUGGAUGGACCAUUGAUCUUCUCCAACGAUGGUGCAAAAGCUGCCUCUGACAACAGUUUUGACAUUGAGCUUUCGAAGGUGGAACAGCAGGCUCCAACGCCCAUAUCCCCAGUUCCGGACCAUGGCGCUGCCGUGGUGGUUGCAGCAAAUGUCACGGGGGUCUCGCACGUUGCGGGGAGUGAGAUGUUAAUCAGGGAGUCGUCUGCUCCCAUUUACCAAGACGCACAUGACUACAAUCCCUGGGCGGCAUGAAGACGAGGAGCUUUUGUCUGAACAGCAUACCUGGUAUGGGUGAGAGGACAAGGUAUUUGGUCUUUUCUUUAGCGGGCAUGGCGCAAUGGGGUGAAAUAAUGGCGGGGAAUCUUCGGCGAGACUCACGACGACUUCAGAUCUCAAAUUUUAUGACCUUGUUUGAUAUGUGGACG